AUGCAGACUGUAUUUGUCUUUCUCGUUUUACGGCUUGCAAGCGACACCUACCCCCAUGACUCGAUCUGGGCCAUUUUAUCCCCAUCAGCAUCACUCUACAGCCACAGCCCCGAAUACAAAGAGAUGGAUUCAACAUUAUCAAGAAUUGUCUCUACGAGCUUGGCUAUCAUAUUUCUGAUCUCUAUCUCCUUGAAAACUUUCUUACCAGGCGACGACCCUUACCGUUGCCGCGCUGUCCAAAGAACCGGUCGCUGGAUUGAUCCACCAGACGAACAAGGGAAUCGAGACCCUUUCCAUCAAUGGCAGCCAGAUGGGUGUAUACUUCACCAAUAUGACUCAAACGAUAUUCGUCAAUGCACCGAAGGUCGUCAUAUAACCGUUGUCGGUGACUCGACCUCUCGACGAGUAGCCUAUGCCUUUACCCGACUGAUCAACAGGAAACAGAACAUCCGAGAUAAAGCCAAGGGGCGAUUCCCUGGACUACGAGGAAAUGCCAAUUUGACAUAUGAUGGCCAAAUGGUCCAGCGCCUCUCCGACGUUUUCCUCCAAAGCCACGGUGAUAUGGUCCAACAACAGGGAGGGGUAGCUCCGAAUCUCGACGUAUACGCCGCCGAAAAGCGAGACCCGCCAGCUAUCAAACAUCAAAAAGGGCCUGCUAUGAUAUAUGUGGCUGGGGGUCUUUGGUUCACGAAUGAUAAAGGAAACGCCACGAGACAUGUUCCAUGGGAUAUACGUUUUGCGGCAUACAAGAACAGUAUUAAUAAUCUGACCGAGUUUAUCAACGACAACACGCCAGAUCAUGACCCAUUCACUGCCCCUAUGGAUCCACACGACGGCAUUGGAAACCAGAUCUUUCUAAGUCCUCCCGUAGGACCUUGUUAUCAAGGGGAUAAUCCGAUUUUAGCAAACACCAGUGCCAGACGCGCUUCAGAGGUGAUAGAUAUACAGAACUGGCUGCGCGACACCGAGAGCGAAAGAAGGAUCCCUAUGCUAUGGUCUAGUGCUGGGGUGACCACAAAUCAGAACAAAACAUGGAUUGACCCUAUCGCGAAGGCAGCCCAUGUUAUCGACGAAGUUGCCGAGACACGGGCUAAUAUUAUGCUCAAUUUGAGAUGUAAUGCCAAACUUGAUCGCAUCCAAGGAUAUCACCAUUCUGGAACUUGUUGUACCGAUUAUGGCGUCACCAAAUACCGAGUCAUUAUUGCUGUUAUUUGUAUGAUUUACCUGUCCGCAUGUGUAGUAUGCGAGGUCUUGGACCUCGUAUCUGCGAAGUCGACUCGGUGGACCUUACUCAAUAUGCAAAUUGGAUCCUUUUUCUUAGUCCUGCUUAUGUCCUAUUAUUCCGACCGGACACAGAUGAUGGCCAAGAGCAGCAAGCUUUGGGAAAUGUACGGUUUUGGUAUCCUCUGUGCGGUCUGCCUCAUUGCUCUGCUUAUCACUAUUCGACGUACGAGACCAAAGUCCCCAGAGCAGCUAUCUUCCACAGAAGACGAGACAUCUGAAAAGCUACUUCCAGAGAACUGUCCUUCAGAGCUAGAAGAGCACGGAGAGCAAGACGAACCAUUCCUUUCUCGCAAGCAGACUGAAGAAUGGAAGGGAUGGAUGCAAUGCUUUGUUCUCAUCUACCAGUGGACCGGAGCUGAUCAAGGUCCGACAUCCCUCUACGUUCUCUUCCGCCUAUGUAUAGCAGCCUACAUGUUCCAGACUGGCUAUGGUCAUACUUACUACUUCAUCACGACAGGCGACUUCUCAUUCAAGCGUGUUGCCACUACUCUGCUACGAUUCAAUAUUCUAAGCUGCGCUCUGGCGUAUUCUAUGAACAUGGAUUAUAUGUUCUAUUACUCUGCACCACUUGCGUCAUUCUGGUUCCUGGUCGUCUAUGCGACUAUGGCGAUUGGGAAACAGCACAACAACAACACACAAAUGGUCAUAGCCAAGGUGUUUAUCUCUGGUGUUUUAGUCUCGGUAGUGUUCAUGACUUCUCUCACUAAGUGGAUGUUCAACUUCUUUGAGAUUCUUUUCAAUAUCCAGUGGGACGCUGAUCAGUGGAAAUACUACGCCAACCUCGACAUCUUGAUUGUUUAUAUCGGUAUGAUUACGGCCAUCAUCACCAAAAUGGGUAACACUCAAAUCAUCUCGGGUCUCCGCUUGAUUCUUGCUCUAGCCGGUCUGCUUGCUACAGGUUGCUAUUUUAGCAAGACUUCAACAUUGAGAACUGGCUGGUACGAUUCUCUUCACCCUUUCAUUUCCUGUAUCCCGAUCCUGGGAUAUGUAGCGUUGCGCAACAUUUCAGUACAUACUCGGAGCUACCAUUCCAGGGCGAUGGCUUGGUUAGGUCGCCAUUCAUUAGAGAUAUCUAUCCUCCAGUCUCAUAUCCUACUUGCAGCUGACCGAGAAGGUGUACUUUCUAUCGACGGUCUUUUCGGCGAUGGUACAGUCCUGGGCGAUCGAUGGAGAUCUCUACUUAUUUUAGUACCCAUCUUCCUUUGGGCAUGCUACACAACAAGGUCUGCGACAGCUUACAUCAUCGAGUUGGUGCUGGACGAAACAUCGGAAGACGAUGACAUGGAUGCACCUGCUAUCCCUUGGCUGAAGAAGCUUGGAAUUUCGCACAUAUCAUAUCCCGGGCUUCGGGUCACCUGCAUUUUACUCACGAUGUGGCUGAUCAAUUUGCUCAGUCCUAUGAAGCAGGACAUAGUCCUUCCACCGGGCGCGCAUCACAUAAGCGUGAUGCCUUUACCGAAACAUGCAAUAGAUCCCCCGUACUAA